GAUGAGCACACCAGACAAACAGCUCCUACUAAGACAUCCAAGCAGCUUCUCAGAGCCGGAGAGACCAUGAAGACAAACGGAAGAUCGAGGAGUAGAGAUUCACCUGCAGACGACUGAGUGAAGAGGCAGGAUGGCGGGGGGUCGGAGGGGACUUGUGGCCCCACAGAAUACUUUUUUGGAGAAUAUUGUCAGACGGUCGAACGUUUGGACACUGUCACAUAGACAGACAGAUACCAACUUUGUCCUGGGAAACGCUCAGAUAGUAGACUGGCCCAUCGUCUACAGCAAUGAUGGUUUCUGCAAGUUGUCGGGCUACCACAGAGCAGAGGUGAUGCAGAAAAGCAGCACCUGCAGCUUUAUGUACGGGGAGCUCACGGACAAGGACACAACGGAAAAAGUGCGACUAACAUUCGAGAAUUAUGAGAUGAACUCAUUUGAAAUACUGAUGUACAAGAAGAACAGGACGCCUGUUUGGUUUUUUGUGAAGAUUGCUCCCAUUCGAAAUGAACAAGAGAAAGUGGUCCUGUUUCUUUGCACGUUUAGUGACAUCACAGCCUUUAAACAGCCAAUUGAAGACGAUUCUUCAAAAGGCUGGGGAAAGUUUGCCCGACUGACUCGAGCUCUAACAAGCAGUAGAGGAGUCUUACAACAGCUGCAGCCCACAGUUCACAAAGGAGAGAAUGUCCACAAGCACUCCCGCUUAGCUGAGGUACUGCAGCUCGGCUCAGAUAUCCUACCUCAAUACAAACAGGAGACCCCCAAAACCCCUCCCCACAUCAUCCUGCACUACUGCCUCUUCAAGACCACAUGGGACUGGGUCAUCCUCAUCCUCACCUUCUACACAGCCAUCAUGGUGCCCUACAACGUCUCCUUCAAGACGAAGCAGAACAAUGUGACGUGGCUGGUGGUGGACAGCAUUGUGGAUGUCAUCUUCCUGGUGGACAUCGUUUUGAACUUCCACACCACGUUCGUCGGACCCGCCGGCGAGGUCAUCUCAGACCCCAAGCUGAUCCGCAUGAACUACCUGAAGACCUGGUUUGUUAUCGACCUGCUGUCCUGCCUGCCGUACGAUGUCAUCAACGCCUUCGAGAAUGUAGAUGAGAAUUGGAACCACCGAGCUGUCACUCAAGGGAUCAGCAGUCUGUUCAGCUCACUUAAGGUGGUCAGGCUUCUCCGUCUGGGUCGGGUUGCCCGUAAACUGGAUCACUACAUCGAGUACGGGGCGGCUGUACUAGUCCUGCUGGUGUGUGUUUUUGGACUGGCCGCUCACUGGCUGGCUUGCAUUUGGUUCAGCAUCGGUGAUUAUGAGGUUAUCGAUGAAGAAACAAACAUCGUGCGCAUGGACAGUUGGCUCUACAUCCUGGCUGAGACGGCGGGCACACCGUACCGCUUCAACGUCAGUUUAGGCAAGUGGGAGGGCGGGCCCAACAAAGACUCUGUUUACAUCACUUCCUUGUACUUCACCAUGACCAGCCUGACGAGCAUAGGCUUCGGCAACAUCGCCCCUACGACAGACUGUGAGAAAAUCUUUGCAGUGGCCAUGAUGAUGAUUGGAUCUCUUCUUUAUGCCACCAUCUUUGGUAAUGUGACAACAAUCUUCCAGCAGAUGUACGCCAACACAAAUCGUUACCAUGAGAUGAUUAACAGCGUCCGGGACUUCCUCAAGCUCUACCAGGUGCCCAAGGGCUUGAGUGAAAGAGUUAUGGAUUACAUUGCCUCCACCUGGUCCAUGUCACGGGGUAUAGACACUGAAAAGGUGUUGCAGAUUUGUCCAAAGGACAUGAGAGCAGAUAUUUGUGUUCAUCUUAACCGGAAGGUUUUUAAAGAGCACCCGGCGUUCCGGCUGGCCAGCGAUGGGUGCCUCAGAGCGCUGGCCAUGGAGUUUCAGACGAUCCACUGCGCCCCUGGCGACCUGAUCUACCACGCUGGUGAAAGUGUGGACAGCCUCUGUUUUGUGGUGUCUGGAUCACUGGAGGUCAUUCAGGAUGACGAGGUGGUGGCCAUUUUAGGUAAGGGAGAUGUGUUUGGGGAUGUUUUCUGGAAAGAAGUGACUCUCGCUCAAGCCUGCGCCAACGUCCGAGCUCUGACCUACUGCGACCUCCACGUCAUUAAACGUGACGCCCUGCAGAAGGUGCUGGAGUUCUACACAGCGUUUUCCAACCACUUCUCAAGAAAUCUGCUGCUUACUUACAACCUGCGAAAGAGGAUCGUCUUCCGAAAGAUCAGUGAUGUGAAACGAGAGGAAGAGGAGCGGCAGCGACGUAAAAAUGAAGCCCCUCUAAAUUUGCCACCAGAUCAUCCGGUACGAAAACUCUUCCAGCGCUUUCGACAGCAGAAGGAAGCCCGCCUGGUGACCGACAAACCAGAACUAGAUGACCUUGAUAUCGAGAAGGGCCCUAUGUACGUGGACAUCCCGAUAACUACAACAGCCAUCGCAACGACCAGCAUCGUCACAGUGACGGAAAGCCCAGCAACACCCUCAUCUUCAAGGCCUUCAUCUUCAACAUCUCCCAACUGUACUCCCUCAAACAAGGCGAAGCUGCAGGUCCCAACUCCUGUUUCUCUGGUGGGGGGCCGGGCAGCCGAACCCGUCAAAGUCAAAGGCUGGGGUCGCUUCAAGGAGUCCAUGGCCAAAGCCGACAACUGGAACAAAGUGUCUAAAGCUGAAUCCAUGGAGACAUUACCUGAACGGACCAAGGCGCAUGAGUCACAGAUGUCUCUAAAGAAGACAGACUCAUGUGACAGCGGUAUCACCAAAAGUGACCUGCGCCUGGACAAAGUGUGCGAAUUCCGCAUAACGCCCCAGGACCGCAGUCCCGUCCAGCCUCCAGAGACCAAGCACGCCUUCUACCCCAUCCAAGAGCAAACGCUUCAGGCCUCGCUUCAGGAGCUCAAGCUGGAGCUGAAGGACGACCUCAAGAACCUGAAUGUUCGAAUGUCCGGCCUGGAGGCGCAACUCACAGAAGCACUUCAACUCCUCAAAGUGAGGAGAACAAGUGCUGGCUCUCCGCAGCCUCUUUUUGACAUUUCUAGACCUGCUUCACCAGAACUGGACAAAGAGGACAUUUUCUCUUGAAGAGUGGAAGGUUAACUGAUCAGGUUAACUGUGAACUCAGAUGGAAUCCAGUAAUAUCCACAUUACUUGGAGAGCUGAGUCUGCACUGGGCACACCAUUUAUAUUAGGCAACAGUGUGGUCUUGAAGACGCACCGGUCUUUAUCCUAGGGGUGUAGCGGUUGGCUAACAAGGGAAUGUCAUGUUGAGAAGUCGAGGUCGUAGCCCAGAUUCUGUUGUUGUAACAUUGAACCCUGGAAGGUUACAAAAACACUGACAGCUCUAUGUUUGUACAUAAGUUUGAUUUAUUUUUCCAUCACACUAUGAUGGAAAAAUAACUUGAGCGGUUUGAUUUUAUCUCGAUUUUGCGAGUGUCAACAGUACAAUACAUAUAUAAUACAUAGUUGUAUCUCUGUUGGGAAGAGAAUAGAAACAGCAUGACCCACUGGUUUGUUAUUGAAUCAUUUGUAAGAGAUUCUUUGCAUGUCACGUAAACUAGGCGUGUGACUCAAAUUGCAGAUGGUGCAUUUUUUAUUAAUUGAGGCCACACAGCGACUCAUUUGCAUUAUUUCACCAUGACGGUGGGAAAAGAUGGUUUGUCCAGAUGUUGAAACUGUCUCAGAGUAAUUUCCUCAAGCAAUUGAUGAACUCUUCUUUUUAUAUCAAUUGCCAGGAUUGUUAUGAAUAAUACAACUGAUAACUCAACAAGCAUUCAGAGUUCAGCAGUGUGUAUAAUUCCUAUAAACCAUGGAUGGGCUUGAUGAAAAGGCAGCAGUGAGCAAUCUAUCCAUUGUUUCUGAUAUCUAGUAUUUGUUAUUCUCAUAAAUAAACACUACAACCACACACACAAUACAUAUAUUGUAUGAGAGCCGUGCAUUUUUAGUUUUGUUGAUGCAUAUUUAGGUGAUGCAGAUGGUACUGAUAUUGGCUGCGCCUCUUACGUUAUUUUAAAACAGUUGCACAAUAUUUCAAAAAUAAAAUUUAUAUAUAAUUAAAAUAAAAUUUCAAAGUGCAGGUUUGUUCACGUAAAUGGACCUUCAAUGGAACAUGCUUUAGAGAUGUAUGUUGCCUUUAAUGGACACUGAGGUACAUGUUUACAUGUGUUACCAGUUAGCAUGCUUGAAUUAAUCGUCUGUCUUCACAAGUUAACUAUUAAUAAAGGAAAACGAUGAUGAAAAUGUUAAGGCUAAGUGUUUGCAAUGCAGUUCUUGCUUUGCUUUAUUUGAGGCCAAUAUUUGGAGAAAAUAUCUACUUGCUAACACAAAACCCGAGAAUAGACAUCAGUCAACAGGAAGGAAAUGUGCUUUAGAGCAUUUUGUAGUAACGUUUAUUCAUUACAGAACCCUAAUGUCCACAGAAAAAGAUGCAUUUAACAUUAAGUAAAGCAGAGCCAUGAUCAUCAAGCAAUAAGUAUGCAUAUUUAUUUGCUACAGUAGAACUUUAAAACUAAUGAUUAAAACGUGACUAUUUUUUUUAAACCAUUGCAGUUUAGUAAAAUCCAGAACAAAUUUAUUGCAUGUCUUAGUCAUGAGCUUUACUGGUCUGCUUCUAUACAGUCUUUCACAUGGCAAAAAAUAGCCAUCAGUCUAUAUUAUUUAUUAUUCAUAUGGAAAAUUUAUGUUCCCUGCAUGCCUUUUCUCUUAUCAAGACUAAAGACAAGCUGAGAAGGACACAGCUGAGAGAGAAAAAAACGACAGGGUUUUUCUCUCAAACACAUUUUGUGGCUCCAUUUCCAUUAAAAAUGUAGCUUGCUUAAAAAUAAAUGGGCAUGUCAUCACAAAAGUGAGAACUCCUUUGGUUUAGAGCCAGUGUUUGUGGGUCUUUAUGGGUCUGCUUUCGCAAAGAGUUUUGAUCUUACAGAGGGAAAAGCACUAAAAUCAUCUGACUAUGACUUCUCUAUCACAGAGAAUUCAUGAAGCUGCUGCUUACACACAAGUUCAGAAAUCAAAAAGGAGGCUAAAAGAGGGCCGACAGUAUCUGAGGAAUUUAGUCACGUUUGUGAAACUCUAUCUAAACAUUAUGUAAUGAUAGACACAGCCUUUAUCUUUGACAUUUUUAAAUAUUAAAAAGGGAUUACAUUGAUAUUACACAAUCACUUCUUCAGUUAUUAUGAUUGAGACUGAUGGGGAACUUAGUUCAGGCACACUGACUUGUGAUAAAGACUGACAAAUGUCAAUUCAUUAUAUAACGCUAUUCAAAAGACUUGGUGGAGAUUACCACAUGACAAAUCCAAUAAUGUUAUGCAGUUAUAAUGUUUAUUGUUGUAAUUGCAACCAAGCUCUGUGUGUUUAUUAUUUGUAUUUAUUUUUUAUAAAUCAUCCCACACACACACACACACACACACACACACCUACCUACAUAUUAAGUAUCAAGGUAUUGCCGUAAAUAUUAAUGCUGGUUAAACUCUUAAAUGGAAACUUAUUUGUGUGUGUGUGGCUACUUUUAUGACAAUUGGGCGAGUUUGAGGCUCUUAUUUGACUACUUGGGAUCAGUCAAAUCUGUCAAAUUAAUACAUUACUAGAAGCUCAACCAAGUACACGUAAGGAGUGUGCAGCGCAUAAAUAGCAUGCAAAAAAAUAAUCUUAAGGGAUAGUUUGACAUUUAGGGAAAUAUGCUUAUUUGCUUUCUUGCCGAGAGUGAGAUGAUAAAUCUCAUGUUUUUACGUCAACUGCGGUGAUAGAGCCAGGAGUUGACUAGCUUAGCUUAGCUUAGCUAAGGAUAAAGACUGGAAGCAGAGCAAAACAGCCAGCCUGGCUCAAAGUUCAUAAGCGCCAACCAGGUAAUCUAAAGCUCAUUCAUUAAACCAUUUUAUCUCGCUUGUUUAGUCAGAAAUGUAAAACCAAUGAAUGGUUUUACUGGGAGUUAUGUGCCAGUAGGUGUUUUUGAACCUUCAACAGAGCCAGGCUAGCUGUUUCCCCAUGCUUCCAGUCUUUAUGCUAAGCUUAGCUAAUUGACUUCCAGCUCUAGCUCCAUAUAAUGCAGACAUGAGAGUGGCAUCAAUCUUCUCAUCUAACUCUCUGGAAAAAAAAGUGAAUGUGAAGUGAACAUGUCAAACUAUUAACUUUGUAGGCCAGUAAGUUUGUUUUCGAAUGUUUUCCUUAGAGAGAAAAAACGUGUUGGAACUGAAUUGAUGUCUUUGACUUUUUCUGAACACAAACUGGUGCUGGAAUAGUAUGAAUGACAGUUUGAGAUUACACUUUGAGUCACUGUUAUGUAGAGUUAAAGGUGUGAAUCUUUGAAUGUUACACAUCAGUUUAAUCACAAACUGUUUAAAACAAAUUCAAACAAGUAUUUUCUUUUUUUUAGCUCUUACUUUAAAUAAUACUAACAACAAUGAGGUGCUGUUUGUCAUUUUAUUUAUUAUGUGAUUCAACCAUACUAAACCUGCAUGGAAAAUAAUAUUUAUUUUCUUCAACAGAUGACAAUUGAAUUGUUUUCAUUGAAGUUACUUACGGUGGAAUAUUUUCAUUUCAGCCCAAAUAAACUGCUGUUUCACUUCACCAGUGACAUAUUUGGUAACAGUUGUAAAGUAUAUUUUAAACUUAUUUUGAAUAACACAAACUAUGAAUCUUAAACUUUAAUUUGUUUUUGUUGAAAGUACUGUAUUCUUUUAGUUUCUUUACAGUUACAGUACCUAAUGGGAACAGAAGAAUUGAUUUUUUUUCAUAUUAAAAUCAGUAAGAUCAAAUCUGUUUCAGCUACAAAUCUGACUUUGUGCCACUAAUUGAAUGCAGCCCGACAACAAAGAUAUGGCAUGUGGAGGGGGUAUCACCUACGCCUGUUUCAAGAGGCUGAAUUUUUUACCAACACCAUACAUAUGUGUUACUAAAUGGGAUGUAGAUGCACUCUAAAACUUAGACAGGAUUCUUGAAAGCAAUAUGUAGUGUCUGUGCUGUAACAGUGUUUUUUUUAAUUGCUACUGAGAAGCAUGCAACACUGUGCCUUCAUAAUAUUGCCCCAUGCUCCUUUUUCAGGCCUGCAGUGAGAUACAUCUAAAUUAAUCCUUUGAAACGAUUUGAACACAGAAGUAUUUUUGUGGUCAGCUCUAGAAAGCUGCCUAAUUAUAAAAACCUACACACACAUACAGUAUAUAUGCACACAUUAUAUUGCAAUGUUUAGAUUCUUAAGAAAGAGAAAAGUUUGAAUUUGGUGUAUGGUUUAUGUAAUAUGCACAUGCCUCUAUGUUCACACACGUCAAGUGAUGAGAAAUGUAACUAUUUCAAGCACAAUGGGAACUCUUUGUUAUGAACUGUGACAUACUGUA